GGGCGCAGAGAGAAUCAUGGCGGCGCCGCUGCGGGACCGGUUGGGCUUCCUGAGCCGGGUACGGGGGCCGGGCUGGGGGCUGCCGCUGUUCGUCCCCUCCGGGGGGCCGGCCUCAGUCGCCUUAGGGGACCACGGGUCUGGGGCUGGGCCAGGGAAGAAUCGCGCGGGGGGGGGUCAUGAGCUGUGAUGUCACCACAUUCGCGUGACGUCACCGCGACCCUAAGCAUCUGUGAUGUCAUUUCCCCAUGACGGUGAUGUGACGUCACUGCACUCGCCCGCCCCGCCCCCCAGCUGCAGUGAUGUCACCACCUCUGCUGUUGGUGGCGCUGGCCCUGCCCUGGCCCCCCCAGCGGCCUGAAAUCUCCCUCCUCCCCAGGCGGCAGCGUGAAAUCGAGCCUGCUGAGUUCAGGAUCCCCUGUGGGGGGGCGAAGGGGCAUGCUGCGUCCGCCCGGGCCAGGCACUGAGCGUGGGAAGUCUCUGGUCCAGGGCCCGCGUGACCCGCCCGGUGGUGCUGGGACAAGGGGGGAUCUGUCCAGACUUUGCCCAUCUGAGAGACUGUGUUGGCAACUUGCCUGGACCUACAGUAACGAGCCCCUAGUGGAGCAGAAGGCAGCUGCUUUCACCCGGGGUGGGAGCUUGGAGGUGACCUAGGCCCAGCAUGCCAUGCUCCUUCUGGGUCUGAGUGGCAGAGCCUGGGACCUGGAGUCUCCCUGGAGCCAGGCUUUGACCAACGUUUCUCUAGGCUUCACGUCUCGUAGGGUGCGGUGUACCACGUCCUUCCCAAACCAGCUGUCCUAGCUUCCCUAGGAGGCAGCUAAUGAUGGCAGCAGAGAGCUGAGGGAGUUGCUUGUCCCCAGGACUGUGCUGUGCGGGGCGUGGAGGUUCUCUUAUGUCUCGGUUGGAUCGUGGGGACAGUGCCUUCAGCACAUGGACAGUGCGCACUGGAGUUGUGGGCAUGUGGGGGGGAUGGGACGGGAGCAGAUGUUCUGUUCCAGCUGAUAUCUCGUGCGCCUGGGGACAGUGUUAACAGUUGGGGUGAGAUGUCGAAAGGGGGUUUGGUGGCUCCCUGGGCUGGGUCUGCCCCUCUACCUCUGAUUGGACAGCGUUGGCUUGGUCUCUUUCAGCUGCCCACUCUGAUGAAAUGCACCUCGGAUGACGACGUCCCAUGCCCUGGGUACCUGUUUGAGGAAAUUGCAAAGAUCUCCCACGACUCCCCAGGGAGCAGCCAGUGCCUCCUGGAGCACCUCCUGAACCGACUGCAGAAUAACUCCUGUCACGUCAAGCUGAAGGUGCUGAAGAUUCUGCUGUACGUGUGCACGCACGGCUCUUCGCAGUUCCUCCAGCAGCUGAAAAGGAAUUCCACCUUCAUCCAGGAAGCAGCAGUGUUCGCGGGGCCGCCAGAUCCCCUGCACGGCAACAGCUUGUACCAGAAGGUCCGAGCAGCAGCACAGGACUUGGCCAGUGCUUUAUUUUCGGAUACCUUGUUGCCCCCGCCCUCUGCUCAGCCCUGCAGGCCGCUUCCCCCAGCAGGAAUGGGCUCCCAGCCCAGCCCCUGCAGCUCCUUGCAAGGCUUUGGCUUCACGAGCGAGAGAAGCGGCUCCCCCUCCGCCAGCGAGGCCCUGCUUGCCACCAUACAGAAAGCAGCCGAGGUGGUUGCCAGCGCUGUGCUGCCCAGCCCGGAGUUCCCCCCUCCCUGCCCCAGGGAGCUGCAGGACGAUGCCUACCAGCCCGUGACGGCGCCUUCUCCUGAUAAAAGCUGUGCGGUGCCUCAGAAGCCCCCGGCUGCCGCAGCCCUCAGCAUGCGAGUGAGUCACCGGCCCGGGCAGGCAGGAGGUGGCUGGGAAGAGACGGACAGUGGGCACAGCUCCCAGAACUCCUCGCAGGAGAACGGGGAGCUGAGCAGGACCUCCGACUCCUGCAGCAAAUCAGGCAGCGACAGCCCCUCGGGGGCCAGCAGGGAGCUGGGGAACGUAACUGAGAGGGUGGAGCGUGACUGCGUGCAAGAGCUGAGCCUGGUGAGUGAGCUGACCAGGGGCUCCAAGGUCUUCCUGACACGGGAGGAGGCUCAACACUUCAUCAAAGCGUGCGGGCUGCUGAACUGCGAGGUGGUGCUGGAGCUGCUGAGUCGGACGCUGCAGGACCCCAGCGAGCUCGUCUGCAUGAGGUCCAUGUGUGCCAUAUCCUCCCUCCUGUGCUCCGACCUGCUGGCCCACGAGCAGAUCUUUGUGAUUACCCGGCAACACCUGCAGCAGCUCAGCCAAAGAAGCCCUGGGCCCGUGGCCAACAAAGCAACAAAGCUCCUGAGGCAGUUUGAGGCUUUGUGCAGGAGCUGCCCGUCUCCCAAGAGAUCACAGCUGGAUAUGGAUCCCUCUACUCCUGCCAGGGGCGCCCCACAGCACACGUGUGACUUGCUGACAGACCUCAUGCCUCUGGCAGGAGAGACCGUUCUCAAACCCGUGAGCUUAGCUCCUUUCCUCUCGGAGACAUGUAAAUCCCCAGCAUUCGAUGUGCAUCCUGCGGCCGUGCCCGCCCCUGAGGGAGAGCAGGGCACAGAAGCGGAGAUCUGUGAGCAGUUUGGGGCUGUUGCAUCAGGCGGUCGGUGCCAGCAGGAGGUGGAGUGCAGACUAACGGGGCCUGAGCCCCAGCUGGAUGCUGCCCGGAUGGAUUCUGGGCCCGCACAGAUGCUGCAUGGCAGGCAGGGGGCAGCCGCACCCCCUCAGAGCCUCUCCCUGUUCGCUGGCAUGGAGCUGGUGGCCCUUCCAGGCACAGCAGUAGCCAACUCUGGUGGAGAGGAAUGUGCCUCUCGUGUUCCAAGGACACUGCCCUGCACUGGGACUGCCAGCACCAAGGCUCACAGGGACUCCGAGGGCAGCAGGGAACCUUCUGCAUUCUCCUUCCUCAAUAUGUAGCAGCUGGGGCAGCAGGACGCUGAGGAACUGGGGUCUCGUUUGCUGCGUGUCGCUGCUAGGCCAUCACUACAGGGGCACUGGCUGCUCAGCUCAAAGCGAGGUCUCCCUGUUCCUUGCCAGUGCUGCCAAGUCCACGUCCUGCUGAAGGGGGCUGGCAGUGCCAGUGCUGCUGGGGAGUAUCGCGGUGGGGCACAAUGAGGAAAUGGAGUCCCCAGUCGCUCCCUUCAGUUUGAUCCCUGCGGGUGCCCUAGAAAAAUCCAUGAGCAACCCUACAAUAACAAUCCAGCAUGAUCCCACCCUUGUGGGGGAAAGAGGGAAUGCGUCCACGACAGCCAGUUCCAGGCUGCCAAAGUGGGAGAGAGGGAGGGAGGAUGAGAGUCCUCUUGACUAUACCCCCAUGUUAAGGUUGUGCUACAGGGUUAAGGCUAAUCAUAUGUCCUUGGCUGCUCUGGCCUGCUGCUCAGGUCAUCCAUCAGUGGCAGUCUGCAACACUGCUCAGACUAGGGCCUGGGGCAUGCUGGGGAGGGAGGGGCAGUGAGUCCAUAUGGACUCAACCUCUUGUGCUCUGCCUCGGCCUGUGUGAAUGAAUGUACUAGUAACCGGCUCAAUCACUUAACACAUACGUGUGUGUUGGGGGGGUGGGGAGAGGGGGUUAAUGGUACCUUGGAAGGUCCAAGGAUGCUGGCUGCCUUUCCCCAGCAUAGCACCCACUCAGCCCCAUUGCUACUGGGGGAGGGAGGCCCAGCACGGCAGUCUGGAAGCCAGCUUUCCAAAGAUCGUUUCAAGGAAGGUGACGCUUUAGGCACCUCAGUUGAAACCACGUGCCCUGCGGGCCUUGGCUGAGCUGCUGCGGGAAUCUGUUUGAGGUGGGUUUGGUUUUCCUACUGAG